AUGUCUCCGCUACCCGCCGUCCAACUCAAGACCCUUCUCGUUUUUGUGUUGUUGACGCUGACCUCAGCCGUUCUCGCAGGCUUACCCCUGGCCCAGAAGCCACUCUGCAAAGCCAUCCCGGGAACCCCUGACUGGCCGUCGGCCGAGUCGUGGAACCGUCUCAAUGAGUCAACUGGGGGACGACUGCUUCGGCCGCCUCCUCCUGGAGCUGUCUGCCAUCCCGGACAGCCAACCUACGACGCCGCCAAAUGCCCCACUGUCCUCGACGGCUGGUCAACAUUCGAUUUCUACCAGGCCGAUCCCAUCUCGACAGACUGGAACCAGUGGGACAACGACUCCUGCCUUCCUCAACAGGCUGAUCCGUGCAGCGCGAGUGAACACAACAUCAGACUGGUUGUCAAAAGUUCCGGCCAUGACUACCUGGGUCGCUCAGUGGCACCCAAUUCGCUGUCCAUCUGGGUCCACCACCUGGAAGGCCUCGAGACACAUAGUUCAUUUCGUCCCAAGAGCUGCAACGUCAAUAUCGAAACCUCCGCCGUUACCACCGGCGCCGGCUCUCAGAUGUUUGAGCUCUACAGCGCACUUGACGCUUCGAACCAGACAAUAGUCGGCGGGAACGGGAGGAUGGUCCUUGAAAUAGAGCUGGUUACUCCUACUAGGGACAUCGUGACUGUAAACGAAUGUCAGAAUCAAGACCUGCUCUGGGCAAUGCGAGGAGGAGGAGGCUCAACCUUUGGUAUACUUACAUCCGUAACCAUGAAGACGUUCCCAAGCCCUCAGAUUGCCGCCACGUCACUCUACGUCACUACACCCGACACCACCAGUCCAUAUAUCUUCGACGUCGUCGCCUAUGUACUCGCGCAGUAUCCGUCCUUGUCCGACCGCGGCGUGUCGGGGUACUCGUUCUUCUUCCAAGCCCUGCCAAACCUUUUUGACGGCGGCGCGACCACUGUCGGCGGCAUUUACAUGCAAAUGAAUCUCCAAGACAGCACAUUUCUAGACUACUUCGAGGUGGCCGAGGCCGGGGUGGAUAGGCUCGUCGGCUCCAGGCUUCUCGGCGCAGAUGUUCUAACUACCAACAUCACCCUAAACGCCGAGGAUGUCAAAAAUGUCCAGCCUCGCGGCGACGGCAAUGCCGUCCUACCAGCUUGGAGAUGGAAUACGUCCACGCAGGUACUUCUAGGGCAAAAGUUUGAACCCCUAAACGCAACCGCCCGAGCUGAAGCAUUCGAAUUAGUCAACUAUGCUCUCGAUCCCAAGAUCAAAUGCAUAGAUCCUCACUUUUGGCCUAAUUAA